AUGUAUGUACCCGGCUAUAGUGUACUCACGCUAGCGGCGAGCGAAUGCACCACCAUCCAAGAUGCUAAGCCCAUUGCGGGUGCACCUAUUUGUGUACUGGGUGCAGGUACGGGUCUAGGCCAAUGCUAUCUGACCACUUCAGACAACGAGGAAUACACCGUGUGGCCCAGCGAAGGCGGUCACUGCGAGUUCGCGCCCCGCACAGAACAGGAAGUGGAGCUGCUCCAAUUUCUAAAAAGCAAAUACAACGAGGACUUCCGUGUCAGUGUCGAGCGCAUUGUGUCACUGAAGGGACUGGUGAACGUGUACGAGUUUUUAACGCGUCAUGCUAAACGCCAUGCCACCCCCGAGGUGCGCAAGCUGGUGGGACGGGACCAGCACGUGAACAUCGCCAAGCGCUCCGAGAGCAUUAUGAGCCAGGUGGACACAGACAGCGUCAGCAACACAGCUCUAGACAUCCUCGUGUCCACAUAUGGGGCCGAGGCGGGGUGUGCGGCGCUCAAGUGGUUACCCUAUGGCGGGUUAUACGUCAUCGGUAAAAUAGUGCAGAGAUGCCCAGGAAGGUUUACGAACUCAGAUAUAUUCAUGGAUGCUUUCAAGGACAAGGGUAGGGUGUCACCAACAAUUGCUGCCAUCCCGGUCAAAAUGGUGGUGGCUGAUGAUCUGAUUAUGCGAGGCUGCUACUACCUGGCCAUCAAAACGCUUCGGCAACUCGAUACGGACCGGACGAUAGCCAGGUCGUUUGUGAUAACGAAAGACGGUCUUUUGAGAUUUGCCACCUUUUGCUUCGCCAACUUGGCUCUGGGUGGAUUAUUUUGGAAGUUUGGCACCAAACGCACCUAAAUAUAAAAUAAUAUAAAGAACUUAGAUAAGAUCAAAC